AAGUGCGACGCUGACCUAACCUCACUUAUUAUCCUAUUAAUCAAACAAAAAACCAGCAACAUGACCUCGUUAUUCGAUCAGUUCGAACAAGCGUCCACGAAAAUGCGCAACAAUAACUUCACGACGGCCGAAAUGAGCUCUUUGGGGUACAUUAACAUGACACUGGACCAAGACGCCCCCAUUUUCAGUAAGACCAAGAAGGAUUUUACGCCGCCUGAUAAAAUCACACAUGUUGCCAUCUCCAAUAAACAACUAGCAGUGGCUCUAGGGAAUAACACUUUGUUCAGAAUGAACUUACACAAUCCCCAACAACAAGACGAAAUUUCCCUAUCGAAAUACACCUCAACUUGCCGUUUGACAAACUUAUUCAUGGACCCGACUGGCAACCACUUGUUGCUAACUUUCGCCCCCAAAAGCCUGGAAGGGGGCCCUGAACUGCUCUACUUGGCGCGCAAAUCGAACAAAUUGAAAACCACGACGAAAUUCCGCGGACACGAAUUUACCGACGUUGCGUGGAAUCACUUAAAUGAAUCCGAAAGUACCACUGGGCCCAUAUUGUUAGGGACUUCCAAAGGCUUGAUCUUCGAAACGGAAAUCGUGCUUGAAGGCGAUAAGUUCUUCACGUCCGGAUUUUCAUCAAGCUUUGAACAGUAUUGGAGACAGCUGCCCAAUUACUUGCCCUUAUACGGCAAUCGUGAAGUUGACGGAUUGGUUUUCGACAUUGGCAAAGGUUCAAACACGCCAAUCACAGGCCUGGACUACCACAAGGUGCUGGGUACCGACAAGUACAUCAUUUUUGCGGCCACGCCCACCCGCCUGUACUACUUUACGGGACGGGCCGAACACGAGGAAAAACCGCUUCUUCAGCAGGUUUUCAACCGAUAUUUGAAUAUCCCGGAAAAGGAGACGUAUCUAGAGCGCGACAGCAGUUUAAAAUACUCUCGAUUGAAAUUCUGGUCGGAAAAUUUAACAGUUCCGAACGCCUUUGCGUGGAUGACCGAAAAGGGCGUGACUUACUGCCAGUUCGAGUCGGGAUUCGACGACAGUAUGGCCACACUCAAGGCAAAAACGCGCCUGAUCGAAUACCCCAAACCCUUGUACGAGGAUUAUUCGGCCCUUGAAAAGUUCCCAAUAGCUUUGGCUUUGACGGAAUUUCACGUCUUGUUGGCUUACACUGACGCAAUCAAAGGCGUGUGUCUCUUGAACGAGGAGGUUGUGUAUGAGGAUAAUUACAAUGAGGCGUUCGGCAAACUGGUUAAUAUUGUUAAGGAUGGCAGCACUGGCGAGAUUUGGGCGGUGACUGAAAACGCGGUUUUUCGCUUCAAAGUCACAAAAGAGGAGCGAAACGUUUGGCAAAUUUUCUGCGAGAACCAACAGUUUGACCUCGCCAAAAAAUACUCCAGAGGGAACGAAGCGUUCUACAACCAGGUCUUAAUCAAAGAGGCUGAUAUGUUGUUCAAUAAUAAACAAUACGAGCUCAGUGCGCAACGUUACGCCGAAACACAGUCCAGUUUUGAGGAGAUUUGUUUGAAGUUUAUCCAAGUCGAUCAACAAGACUCGUUAAAGAUUUUCCUGAGGCGGAAAUUAGACACGCUCAAGCCGCAAGACAAGACUCAAAUCACCAUGAUCGUCCUUUGGGUGGUCGAAUUAUAUUUGAGCAAGUUGGAGGAGAAGAGAUUGGCGGGUUUGGAGCAAAGUGCGGCUUAUUUAGACAUCCAGAAGGAGUUUGAGGUGUUUUUGGCCCUGACGGAGGUUUCGGAUUGCAUCAAGAAGAACAAAUCUACGAUUUACGAACUGAUGGCCAGUCACGGCGAUAAGAGCAAUUUGAUUAAAUUGACGAUUGUUAACAAGGAUUUUGAGCAAUUGAUUCGUCACCACAUCUACAAGAACAGCUUCCAUGAGGCUCUUGAAGUCCUCAAAAGCCAAAACAAGUACGAACUUUACUACCAAUUCGCCCCAAUUCUCAUGCAAGAAGUGCCGAAAUACACAGUCAAGGCUUUAAUCGAACAGGGGAAAAGACUGCUCCCUGUUCGCCUCCUCCCGGCUUUAGUCACCUGCGAAGGCGAGUUUCACGCCAAGGAAGUGAUGAAAUAUCUCGAAUUCUGCACCGACAAGCUCAAAAACACCGACAGAGCCAUUCACAAUUUCCUACUUUCGUUGUACGCCAAACACGAUAAGGCCAAACUGAUGCAAUAUUUCACCUCACAAGGGCAGGAAUUAAGUUUGGUUAAUUACGACGUACACUUUGCCUUAAGAUUGUGUCAGGAUGAUCCUGAUUUGAAGGAGGCUUGCGUACAUUUAUCAGGACUGUUAGGCUUGUGGGAAUCGGCAGUUGAGUUGGCUUUGACUGAUAAUAAUUUGAAAUUGGCCAAACAAUUGGCGGACAUGCCGCCAGAAGAGGACGUCGAAUUGCGGAAAAAACUGUGGUUGAAAAUAGCCCAACAUGUGGUGAGUGGCAAGGACGACAUACAGCAAGCGAUGGAAUUCCUCAAACAGUGCGACUUGAUCCGAAUCGAAGACAUUCUCCCGUUCUUCUCCGAUUUUGUCACAAUUGACCACUUCAAAGAGGCGAUUUGUAGCUCGUUGAAAGAGUACAACCAACACAUCCAAGACUUGAAAGACGAAAUGGAGGAAGCAACAAAAUCGGCACAACUAGUCCGCGAGGAAAUUCAAUCGUUCCGCAACCGCUACACUUUUAUAAGUAGCGAAGAAAAUUGCGAGAUUUGUAAUGGAAAGUUGAUGGUUAGGCCGUUUUACAUGUUUCCCUGCCAGCACAAGUUCCACACUGAUUGUUUAAUGAACGAAUUGAACCCGCUUUUAGGUCCGGCCAAAAAGAACAAAUUGGCGGAUUUGGAACGCCAAUUGAAGAUUUUAAAUACGCAAGCGAACGUCGAUAAUGUGAGCACAGGUUCUGGAAUGUCAGCGAGGGAAAUAGUCAAGUCGGAAAUUGAUAAUAUUGUUGCGUCCGAGUGUUUGUUUUGCGGCGAAAAUAUGAUUAGGAAUAUCGAUAAACCGUUUAUAGAGGAUUACGAUUACGAACGGAUCGCAAAGGAGUGGGAAUAGGCUGUUUAAAAAACAUUAUUCGUAACCCAAUUUGAUCUCUAUUUUAUUGUAUUGUAUUGCUCUACUGUGGAGGCAUUAAACCAUGUAUGUGAUUUUCCGUAUCUGGGAGCGAUAAUAAACUGUUGCUUGUUUUCUGUACAA